AUGAAGACAGCAGCGGCCCUCCUGGCUCUCUCUCUCCUUCAUGUCUGCUCUCCUUUUCCGAUCAGACGGCCCGACAACUGGCUCGGUAAAUGUCGAGCCUCCAACAACCUCUCCAUCACAGCACUGGAGGUGCUGCCAGGUGGAGGCUGGGAUAACCUUCGGAACAUGGAUAUGGGCCGAGUCAUGAACCUCAGCUACUUCCAGUGCCUGACGACCGAGGACGGGUACUACCUCAUCCCAGACGAGGUGUUUGUCAUUCCCCACAAAGAGACCGGUGUGGAAACCACCUCAGAGAUAAUCAGCUCCUGGCUUGAGCAUAAAAGCUCUACAUCCUCCUCCAUAAAUGCAGAUAUCUCCUUUCUCACAGUGAUGAAUGGCAAAUUCUCUAUUGAGAACCAGAGGAUGAAAACCCAUCAGGUCAAAGACUCAUCAACUACAGCCAGAGUGCAGGUUCGUAACUUCAUCUACACUGUUAAGGCUUAUCCAGACUUCACUCUGGACACACGCUUUGCUCAGCAAGCCAAAGAGAUAGCUGAUGCAAUUGAAAACAACCAAACGAGGAACGCAGAGUAUCUCUCAGAGAAGAUGGUGCUGGACUAUGGAACUCAUGUUAUCACCAGUGUAGAUGCUGGGGCUGCUUUAGUGCAGGAAGAUUACCUCACUACUAAAUAUGUGUCAGACAGCGUGUCACAGGGUUCCUCCGUCAAAGCUCAGGCUGGCUUCAACUUUUUUGACAAACUCAAGUUUGACAUAAGCAGUCAAACUUCCCAGAAGAGCUCGUCAAUCCAAACGUAUCAGUCCAACAUUACGUACUCUCUCAUUCAGAGCCAUGGAGGCGGCACACCUUUCUAUCCUGGCAUCACUCUGCAGAAGUGGCAGGAGAGUACCAGAAACAACCUUGUUGCUAUUGAUCGCUCCGGAUUUCCCCUACACUUCAUUAUAAACACCAACACCAUUCCUGACCUGCCACAGCCGACAGUUGGGAAGGUGGCUCAUAGUGUGAGUCAAGCUAUAGAGCGAUACUAUAUGAUCAACAGCCGCCCUGGCUGUGUUGAUGUCAACUCCAAGAACUUUAACUUCCAAGCCAACAUUGAUGACAGUUCCUGCGAUGGCCCUGCUACAAACCUCAGUUUCGGAGGCAUUUAUCAAACCUGUGCUCAACUCAGUUCAGAUGCGGGUCCCCUUUGUGAUUCCCUGGCCAAGAAAAACCCUGGAACAGGAGACUUCUCCUGUCGUUCACCUUACUCCCCAACGUUACUGAGAUCAGAAGUGAGACAGCAGGGGUACAAUUUCCGCCAAUGCUACGAUCAAAGCUAUGCCUGUGGAUUGCUUUGGAUGGAUACUUGUUAUGAUUCAGUGUGUCGGGACAUCUACUCUGUUCGCCGUGCUCGCGUUAACACUUCCUGGUGCUCUGUGAAUGGAAAGGCCCCGGACAACUCGGGGUAUCUGUUUGGAGGCAUCUAUAGCCCCUCUCACCUGAACCCCCUCACCAAGGCCAAAAGUUGCCCACCGAACUUCGUCCCACAAAAUUUCCUCUCGGAUGACCAAGUGAUCUGUGUGAGUGACGACUAUGAAGCCGGAUCCAGAUUUGCAGUACCCUUCGGAGGCCUCUUCAGCUGUCAGUCAACCAACCCACUGGCAGGAGGCCAACGUCGCUGCCCUCCCCAGUUCAGUCAGCACCUGGCCACAGUGAGUGAUGGCUGUGAAAUUCUUUACUGUGUCCAGUCAGGACUGUUCACAGGCGGGCAACUGCUCCAAAUCUACCUUCCACCUUUCACUAAACCUCCGCUCGUCACCGUGCAAGCCACCAACACAGUAAUGGUGAUGAGUGACGGAGACAAGAGCUGGAUAAGAGUGGGUCAGACCAAGAUGUGGAAACUGGCCAAACCAGAGGAAAUCAAGGAAAUUGUGCAUCAAAUGGACCCAGAAUUGAGUCAGAUGUCGGGGGGAGAAAAGGCUGGGAUAGCCUUUGGGGUGAUGGGUUUGAUGGUGCUGGUGGUCAUAUGGACAGUACUUGUGAAGAGGAGAAGGAGAGGGCUCCCUCGGUUGGGGAUGGCGAUGGGCUAUGAGGAAAUACGUGGAGAGGUUGGUUGUGAUGAAGCAGAGAGGGAGACACAGCAAGAGGAUGCCUGAGGGGGGGAAAACUGCUUGGCGCCUUUUCCCCCUGACACAAGUUCUUCUAAUGAGUGAGAUUUAGCUUUAAAGUUGAUUGUCACCUCAGAAAUCUUUGACUCUUUAAAAAUGAGUUUUUCUGGAGAGGGAGAAUUUGUGGAAGUUCCUUAAGAAUUCCUUUUUUGCUUCAAUGUCGCUAUUUAAUAACAAAAACAUUCUUGAAUUUUAUACAUCCAAGAUACUUGAUUUCAGCUAAAUCUGAUUUUAAAAUCACAAAAUGAUUAAUUGGAAGCAGACGUGAUUUCCAAAGGCUGUAGUGAACCAAUACCUCAUUUCAUUUUUACCCCACAUUUAAGAACCUCAGCACUGAGAAGUACAAUAAAAAAGAAAUGCGUGUACAAAUGUUUUUCACAGAUAACUAGUGAAUCCUUUGUAAUUUGUGUAUGAAUCAUUUUGGUACUGUACUUGCAAUUAAAAAUUAUAUGUGCAUAACUUUAAUAAACUAACUAUUAAAGUUAUGUAAAAAAAUGUGUGUUUGCUAUCUCUCUGGUGAAGGACAUUGUCUUAAAUGUUCAAAUAAUAUCUUGGUAGUUGGUCAAGUACAUAGUUAAUGGCCUUCUAACAUGUCUGCAUUGUGUGUAUAUGUUUUUAAUAGAUCAUGUAAAGUUUAGUUCAAAAAGCAGAAACAAUUCAAUGGACCUCUCACUAGUCUGUACAUAUGGCACCAAAGUGCAUAUAGGUUCUCUAAAUAUAAAAGCAAACAAGGGCUGGAAAACCUUUUAUUUUAUUUUUAUCAGUUUCUCUUUGAAUGUUCCUUGCCCUUGCUGAGAAAACCACAACAUUCCACCCACACCUUUAAAUAGACAAUGUCAAAGCUGACCUCAUGGUUUUGGUAAGGUUAUCAGCACACAGACAGGCAGGUCCAGACAUUAAAUAGACAUGAUCGCACAUUCACUCACAACAGACAUGUACUGUGCACACUCACAUGCACAUGCAUACACACGUAACCACAUUUAUUUCCCGUAACGAGUAUUCCGACCAGUGUGCAUGUCUAGAAGUUGAAAACAGAACCAGUCAUAAGUUUUGUACCAAUGAGAAAAUUUGUAUGGUAUUGAGGGAGAGAACAAAUUAAAGGGAGGGAGAGAGGUGUUUUAGAACAGCAAAAGCUCCCUCGUCGUUAUUUCAAUUCCAGCAGAAAAGUUACAGCCUGACAACUCCUAAAAGGAGAUGACGAGACGGACUGAAGGACAUUAAAACAAAUACAGUCCAAGGUAAGAUCCAUCAUCAAUCAAUCAAAUUUUAUUUGUAUAGCUCAUAUUCACAAAUCACAAUUUGUCUCAUAGGGCUUUAACAUGGUGUGACAUCCUUUCCCUCGACAAGAGGAAGGAAAAACUACUAAAAACCCUUUUAACAGGUUAAAAAUACAUAGAAACCUCAGAGCGCCACAUGUGAGGGAUCCCUCUCCCAGGACGGACAGAAAUGCAAUAGAUUUUUCACAUUUAGUCUUUCUUCAUAGUUUGCCGUUUUUAGUGCAUGUACGUUUUUUAUUGUUGACACAACAUCAGCUGGAGGAUUACUGCUUUCUCUAAAGCAGAGAGGAUUAAGAGCUCAUCUGCAUUUGCUGUGUAACAGACAUAGUGCAUCUGCUAUUAAAAAUCUGCCCAAAGAAACCUGUGAAAAUGUAAUUUGAAGGACCUUUGGAAAAUACAUGCUACUUGCAUUGAGAAUCCUGUGGGACAUGUUGGGUACAUUAAG